GGUUCAUCCUUAAAUUGCAUUUUUUUUUUUUAUCUUUUUAAAGAAAAAAUUUCUGACGAAAUAUAUCUUUUUUAUAGGGAGACAAUUUUUUUUAUCAUGGAUAUUUAAAAAUGUCGAGUUUGCUCAGAUUGUGUCAAAACCCUGUGUUACAUUCCGGAACAUUGUUUCCAUUAUACAUUUUAGAAUUUACAUUCAGACAUACUUCCGGAUACAUCUCUAGAUUGAUCUACUACUACCACUACUAGCCUAGCCUGUAGCCAACUAGAGAAAGAAAAUGGCUUUUACUUUCGCUGCAUUUUGCUACAUUUUGGCGCUUAUUCUGACGGCAGUUUUGAUCUUCUUUGCAAUUUUUCAUAUAAUUGCAUUUGAUGAACUUAAGACUGACUACAAAAAUCCAAUAGACCAAUGUGGAAGUUUAAACCCACUGGUGCUGCCAGAGUACUUCAUCCAUAUUCUCUUUACAUUCCUCUUCAUCACUGCCAUGGAAUGGUUCACUGUUGUCAUCAAUAUUCCUCUCAUAGUCUACCAUAUACGAAGGUAUAUAAACCGACCAGUCAUGAGCGGGCCUGGUUUGUACGACCCAACUACAAUUAUGAAUGCCGAUGAACUUAACCGAGCCCAAAAAGAAGGAUGGAUUAAGCUGGCUUUCUAUCUUAUCUCAUUUUUCUAUUACUUGUACAGCAUGAUCUACACCCUGGUGUCCGGCUAGAGAGCUACUUUUGUAUAGAGUGACAUUAUUUUCUUCUGAGGAGUGGGAAGUCCAGCAUCCAUGCUUCAGAAUGUGAUAAGACAUUGGAAUGAAUUAAUGCAAUUCUGAGAAGAUGGACCUUUUGCCAUACUGUUAAUCAUGUAAAUCAGAGUUGUAGUCCAAAGACGUUUUUCGCAGAUGGUGUUGUUCUGUGCAAUACUUUUUUUCUUUUUAAAUGUGUGUAUCCUGUUUCUAAUUGGAUGUUAUUUUAUGUGGUGUUCCAUGUAACUCCAAGCAGUUUAUUACAGUACUUCAGAAUUAACAUGAACAAAGCCAAGUGUCAGUGUGUACUCGUAUUGAAAUGCGCUUCAUAAAGUCACAGUUCAUAUCCUCAUGUAUUUUACAAAAAUCAAAGUGUCAUUUACACUAUUCUCACAUAUUAACUUAAUUUAUAAAUGAUGUAUGUUUGCACGUGUAUUUGUAAAAAUAUAUUCAUUUAUUAUAUACCCAUCAAUGUAUCGUUCUUUGAUACUGUGGAUUUCACAGCGUGUGAUCCGGUUUUCCGGAUCACCACACUGUGGUUUUCUGAUUCCGUAUCAGUAUCCUCUGAAACUGAUGCCGUCACAAUGACGUCACAAUGCAUCAACGCAACGUUAUUUGUGGAAAAUAUUGACCGCGUCACAAAACAAAACUACGUACACAAAACAUAAUUUCAUGGUAGAUCUAUGUCUGUUUUUGAUAAUUUGGAUUACAUUUAUCAUCUUAUAAAUGUGGAUUUAAAAUGCAGAAGGGGGUAUAUAAUAAAUUUAUCAUUACUACAGUAACUUGAUCCGAAGAGUUGGAUCACGUCUCGUUGACAGGCGCGGAUCAUCAGAUCAAACUCGACGCUUCGCGUCUCGUGUGAUCUGAUGAUCCGUGCCUGUCAACUCGACGUGAUCCGACUCUUCGGAUCAAGUUACUGUAGUAAUAAUAUAUAUUUAUUUCAUUUUUGUAAGAUUUCAAAUGAAAAUCUGUAUUCACUCCAUUUUAUAUUUAUGGUAUUUAUUUCCACAUAUGUAAAGACUAUGUGGUUAUGGAAUUUUAAUUUCACAGAUUUAUUACAAGGAUUUAUAAAAUAUAUCCAAUUUACAAUAUAUCAUGAAGUCUUAAUGAUACCUUUGGAAAAAGAAAAAAGUCCCAAGUUAGAUUUAUCUAAAACACACACAUCCCCCGGGUCACUACAUGUUGAUAUAAUCAUCAUCUCUAAUAAUAAGGGGGUAGUGAAUUUAUGUGAUUGACAAAUUUUCAGUUUUUUAUUCAGAGUUCCCAUUUGUCUUGAAACAUGUGGGAAUUCAAGAAAAAUUUAAGAUACAUUUAUUUGUAAAAAUGUUAGCAAUUUUCAUAUCAUCCUGUAAUAACUGAAGAAUGCAUCUAGAAAGAAAAAUUGAAGAUAUACACUCUUUAAUUUGAUGUUGACAUCUCUUGAUUUUUACCUCAUAGUUAGCAAUGUCAAUUGACUGAAAUUUUUCAAAAAAAGGUCUAUUUUUGUAUGUUGCAUAGUAUAAACCAAUAAAAGUUUUCAUGGAAUCGCAUGAACUUUUAGUAUGCUAAUGACAGCCCACCACAAUUAUAUAUGGAGAUAUACAUGUAUUGGUUUCACAAUGUCCAACUGUCUGUGUUGCAUCAACAAUAUUCACAAAUUCUUCUACAGUAUGAUAUUACACAGCUUAACAUUGAUGUAGAUGUGCACAGGUUUUGGAUGAUUGUCCGAUUUUCUCAUACUUGAGUGUUGGACUUGCCUGAAUGUUAUUUAAUUUUUGUAUGACUGAAGAAUAAUUCAUGCAAUCACUUGAAUUUUUUUUUUGCACUGCAUGUAUUACAUCUAGCCAUGGUAUCUUUUUGUUUUUGAAAUUUGAGAAUCAUAUUCAACAAGUGGUUAUAUGUAUUUAUGAGUUUUUGAAAACUUAAGAAAACUUCUGAUUUAAAGGUUUUGUUUACUAGAAUUUCCUUUGAACAGACAGAAUGUGACUGCAUAUCACCAUUUGUAAAAUCUCUGAAAUGUCCAGUGGACAGGACUCAGAUUUUAUUAACUUUGUUAAGAUCUGAUGUGGUGUGACAAACCCCCAUCUCAGAUGAUUAGAUUAAAAUCAGCAGAUGGAGACAGUGUGAGACUUUAUCCUAACAAUGGCAGUUCUGUGGGCUGAAAUUUUCGGACUAGUCUGCUUUGUAAUACUGGUAUUCACAUUUGAAUACUUUAUUUGGAUUUUUCACUCACAAAUUAUGUAAAUUAUAUUUUACUAUGUAGAGACUGGUACAUCCUUUUUGAUCAUAGAGGGAUCGGAUUUGACCCUUGUUGAAAAUGCUUACUAGCUCUUGCUUUGUGUACAGUUUAAAGGUAACUAAAUAUUGAUAGUUAUUAAAUGAUAUUUGCCCCAGAAUGCCGCUCUACCUUCAGAACAUUGCCAAAUUAAUUAUCACAAUAGAGUAAAUCUAGUUGAUUUCAUGGUAUGAACAUGCAUACUUUACGAAAUUUAAAGUAAAUUACAAUAAUUGCUGUACCUCAGUCUUCUAUUCUAAAGACCAUGAAUUCAAGGCACCGUGAAGCAGUAUUUUAAUUUUUAUCUGAAACCAAUGAAAUUUUACUUAAUAGGGAAAUACCAUGAUUUUACUAUGAUGUUCUAUUCACAGUCUUUUCAUAUCUGUUGUGCUUGUAUCAGUGCUAUUUUAUAGUGAUUUUGCCAUAAGCUUAGUACUUAAAUAUAGAGCAGUGUGAGGUGUGGAUGUUCACUUCACAGUAAUUAACUCUCUUGAAUUUUCAACUGGCAUUGUAAUAUGGUUUUGUAGCAUUUGAACAAUUUAUAAAAUAAAACACAUAAAUAAAUGCA